AUGUUCAAAUCACCAUAUUUACAAACCAUUUUCAAGAGAUCAUUUACACAAUUAAAACAACAAUCUUCAAUUAGAUCAUAUUCAAUAAAUAAUAAAUUUAUAGCUACCAAUUAUUUCCCCAAAUUUCAUACAAAUACAUCAUCAUCAUCAAUUGUAUCAACCUUAAAGUCAUAUUCUCAAAAGUCACAAAAUUCAUCAAGUUUCAGUUUAUUAUUAGCAAGUACUGGUGCAACGUUUUUAAUUUUAUCAUCAUUUUCCAAAAAUUUAUUUAUAAAUAAUGAUUCAGCAACUAUUUUACCAAGACAACAAAUCUCAAGUGAUGUUAAAGUAAAUAAAACAACAGGAAAAGUAGAAAGUAGAUUUGGUGGAAAUUUAAAUUACGAAGAAUUAACAAUUGGAUCAGUAACUGGAUUAUUUGUUGGAAUUAUAUUAGGUAAAUUAUCUCAAGUAUUUUUAUUUAUUUCUUUAAGUUCAUUUUUUUUAAUUGAAUUUUUAGAAAAUAGAAAGAUUAUUUCAAUACCUUGGACUUCAAUAAUUUCAAUUGGUUCAAAAAAAAUUGAUUUAAAACAAUUAAUUUUACAUAAUCCAAGUUUUAAAAUUUCAUUUAUUUUAAGUUUAAUUGUUGCUGCUUAUAAUGUUUAA